AUGAUUAACUACUGUUAUGCGCGUUACGUAGGCCUACGGUACUUCGAUUACCGCCUAGUACCGGUAACAAGGGAGCAUCAAGCUUACGAGCUUAGCGGCUUAGAAGCAGAGCCCUGGAGCCCUGGAGCCCUGGAGUGGAGCGACGAUCGGGCUGGAUCCUGGGCCAUCUGGAAGAUGAAGGUGGUCCAAGUUGGUACCGGUGCAGCUUUCCCUGGACUGCUAGAGUCCAUUUGCCCCCCCCCCAUGCUCCCCCAUGACUCCUCUGCAGGGGAAUGUUCGGGUAUCGUUACCAUGUGCCAAGGCCUCUGCGAGCAACGCGACUCCACUCGUGCCACGAGGCUGACCCUUUCUGGGGGAAAAGUAGAGUUACAUUUCCCUUUUCGUGCUGGUUUCCCCAUCGGGAUUUCUCGAUUUUCUCCCUACGAUUAA